AUUAGUGAAACAAAACAAAACAAUCUAAAAAAAAACAUAUAGAAUUGUAUACGUAAGAUCCAAUAUAUACAGAUAAAAUGUUGGAAACUGAAUUUCGUGGAGCAUCUCGCAACUGGCUCCUGCAUGCUAGGUAUGUAAGGGGCGAACACGCAAUGUGCAUGGAGAUAGCUGAUGAACUGCAAAAGCAGUGUCAGAAUACACAUAGAUAUGCACACUUUAUUAAGGGUUUGGUGUUAGCGGAUGCUGGACGGUACCAAGAAGCUCUGGAGAGAUUCCAUAGCUGCAUUAGACUGCAACCUCAUGAGCCUGAACCAUUGAAGGAAGUCGGAAAAUGUUUAUUUCGUCAGGGGCGGUUCCAACUUUCCCUUGAAGCGUAUUUAGAAGCUGAUAAAUUGACAAAACACCCUGAUCCAGACACCUACUGUGCUUUAGCGGAAUGCGCAUGGAAUCUUGGAGAUUCUGAACGCGGUGUGGAGUGGGCGAGAGCUGGUGUUCAGGCGGGCGGCGGUGAGAGAGCCGGCGCGCUGCUUGCCAAGCUUCUACUCUCUUGUGAUGAUAAACAAGGAGCACUGAACGCUUACGACCAUGCAUUAUCAACACACGCCUGUGGUGCGGACACUCUGGCUGCAGCGGGAGCUCUUCGUCUCCGACUUGGUGACCCGCGACGUGCCUUUCAACUCCUCGGUGCAGCAUUAGCUCAGGAACCAACACAGCACGCUGCAGCUCUCGCAUUAGCGGCUAUGCUGCUGCAGCAUAAAGAUCUGGAUGCAGCCCUGGCGAGGUUGAAAGCGGCUCUAACAGCACAUCCUACCUGUGUGGCCGCACACACCAAUUUGGGACUAGCAUUGAUGGCGAAAAAGAAAUAUAUCGCUGCUCUGACAUGUCUGCAGCGAGCAGUCUGGGCGGCUCCACUUAGUGCUAGAGCCGCUCAUGACCUCGGCUUGACUCUGCUGAUGUGUAAAAGACCUACAUCAGCAUUCUGUAGACUAGCGACGGCAGCCGCUUUACAACCUACUCAACCAUAUACGGUGCUCCUUAUAGGUGUGGCUCUGGAACGUCUCGGAGACAGUCGAGCUGAUGCAGCGUAUGCCAGAGCGAUGGCGUUGGCCCCCGAAGAUCCCCUAAUCAGGUUAAACCUAGCUGGACGGCACGCGCGGGCUGGUAGACUGCUUGAAGCUGUAGAGGAGGCUGCAGUUUCAGCGGAGUUGAUAAAUAGAGAAGAGAAAGUUGAUAGUCAGUUGGCAAGUUGUCUGGCAUCAUUAUUGGCAAUGUUACGGGAUGCUGGCGUCGAGCUAUCGCGAUUACCAGACGUACCAGAUGCGGACGCAACUUUGCCAGUCGGGACCACAAACGAUUCAACUACUGCAGAUGAAGAACGCUUAGCACCGGACGAGGUUUAGAUGUAGUACUACACCUUGGGCCAAGUAUGAGGGAAGGGGAAAUGUAACCAUAAUAUGGGAUGUAACCAAUGGCUAUAUUUCCACAAAUCAUUAUUCCAUCAUUAACAACGA